AGGGGGGCGGCGGCCUCGCCUCGUCUCCCUCUCUGCGCCUGGGUCCGGUGGGUGACGCCAAGCGCCAGAGAGAUGUCGGAUUUCGACAGUAACCCCUUUGCGGACCCGGAUCUCAACAACCCUUUCAAGGACCCAUCAGUUACGCAAGUGACAAGAAAUGUUCCACCAGGACUUGAUGAAUAUAAUCCGUUCUCGGAUUCUAGAACACCUCCACCAGGCACUGUGAAAAUGCCUAAUGUACCCAGUACACAACCAGCAAUAAUGAAACCAACGGAGGAACAUCCAGCUUAUACACAGAUUGCAAAGGAACAUGCUUUGGCCCAAGCUGAGCUCCUUAAGCGCCAAGAAGAACUAGAAAGAAAAGCAGCAGAAUUAGAUCGUCGAGAACGGGAAAUGCAAAAUCUCAGUCAACAUGGAAGAAAAAAUAAUUGGCCACCUCUCCCUGGCAAUUUUCCUGUGGGACCUUGUUUUUAUCAGGAUUUUUCUGUAGAUAUUCCUGUAGAAUUCCAGAAGACAGUAAAGAUUAUGUACUACUUGUGGAUGUUCCAUGCUGUAACACUCUUUCUAAAUAUCUUCGGAUGCUUGGCUUGGUUUUGUGUUGAUGCUUCAAGAGGGGUUGAUUUUGGAUUGAGUAUCCUGUGGUUCUUGCUUUUUACUCCUUGUUCAUUUGUCUGUUGGUACAGACCACUUUACGGAGCUUUCAGGAGUGACAGUUCAUUCAGAUUCUUUGUAUUCUUCUUCGUCUAUAUUUGUCAGUUUGCUGUUCAUGUACUCCAAGCUGCAGGAUUUCACAAUUGGGGAAACUGUGGUUGGAUUUCAUCCCUUACUGGUCUCAACCAAAGUAUUCCUGUUGGAAUUAUGAUGAUAAUCAUAGCAGCACUUUUCACAGCAUCAGCGGUCAUCUCACUAGUUAUGUUUAAAAAGGUACAUGGACUAUACCGCACAACAGGUGCUAGUUUUGAGAAAGCCCAACAAGAAUUUGCAACAGGUGUGAUGUCCAACAAAACUGUCCAGACUGCAGCUGCAAGUGCAGCUUCAAGUGCAGCAACUAGUGCGGCUCAGAAUGCUUUCAAGGGUAACCAGAUUUAGAGAGCCCUCCUAAAACACACUGAUACCUUCCGACUGUACUUUUCUCUAGUUACUGUAUUCUAUAAAUAUUUUUAUGUUCAAAACAGUACACAUGGCAUGUAUAUUUCCUGUUCACUUGUGCAUGGGCUAAAACCAGAAAAACUUUCUUGUCUUAUUACUUACCUAGCAAUUUAAUAUUUUGGUGCCCCCUGCAGAAAAAAAUAUCACAUGCUAAAUAAAUAUUCUCCAUAUUUUUUGGGGGAUGAAUGUUCAGCAAAUUAUUUAAGUGUUGACACACUGAAAUUCAUAUGGUACUUAUGAUUAAAAAUGCAUUUAGUACUAGCUGCAGUCUUUCUUUCAAGAAUCUUAGACUUAAGGAUUACAUAUUGGAGCAUUAAAGUGAUACUUCAUUCUGUUUUCCCCAUUUAUAUUGGAAGAAAUAGGCCGUCAGGGACUUAGGGAUUUUAAAAAUUGGCUUGCUUUUUAGCAGUUUUAGUCACCAGUGAAGAGCCUGUGUGCAUUUUGUAGUAGAUCAUGUAAAUUUUAUCCUUUUAUUUUUGUUCCUUUUUUCUUUAUUAGAGUAGUUGAUAUUUUGAUAUCAAUCUCUGAUCUUGCAUGGGCACCACAUUUCUUAAAAGAAAUAGUAUUUUGGCUUCUGCACUGCUUAUGGUUGUAGGAUUAGGGAGUGCUGGUAGAAUCAAAGAAGUGGUUUUCUGCAGUAGUUUUUUUUUUAAUAAAAAUUUAUCAGGAUGCGAUGUGAGAACAUAAUGUGCAGUGCAUUAUCCAAAAAAGGGUAGAUAAUAAAUGGAAUAGAAUGUAGUAAUGAUAAUACUGUUGUGUUUUUUUUUUUUUUAAUUUUCAGUAUUCGUAUCAUAGUAGAAUAUUACUGUAUGGAAACUUUGGUAUAUUCUUGUGGCUACUCAUUUUAACUGAAUUGAGAUUGUGUUUGGCAGCUCUUUUUUGGGGAGUGUGUAAUUUUUAACAGAGGUAUUAAAGUCUAGACUAACUCCUUAUCCAAAAAGAACAUACAGUAUUUCAGGGAAUUUUUCUUUUAGCCUCUCAUCUGUAGUGGGAUUAAAAAGAAGACGCUGUUGGUUCACAUAUACUUGAAUCCCUAACAAACCUCAGUCUUUCAAUUUUUGAGACAGACUGAAUACAUUAAAAUUUUUCAGCAAUAGAAGAAACAUUUAACCUGCACCAAACAAGAAAAUACAAAUAUAGUUAAAUGCAUUAAUUAUGACUACAACCACAUUAAAAUUGCUACUAUGCACCAUAGGAUAUAAUUCUUACAGUAUACUUGGUUUGAAACUUUGAAUCGUUUUUAAUACUGAUUAAAUGACUCAAAUGUCAUUUAUAUACUGUGUAAAGUCAUUAUAUACUGUGUUUUGGAAGUCAUUAGCUACUUAAGGUUGCAGAAUAAUCAGUGAUUUAUUCAACUUGACUUUAAAAAGGAUAGUCUAUUGGAUUAUAUUAUUUGAGACUGCAGAACCUUUUUAAAAAGAAUCAAAUGGUUAAAUCACUUUGUUUUCCCCAAAUCUGGAGAUGAAUGAAUUUCAUGGUGGGGGUGGGAUGAUGAGUUCUCACUAUUUAUGAAAUUUAAACUUUGUGUGAUACUAGGUCACAUGGAUUCAUCUAGAUGGUGUUUACAUUUGGUUUAUUUGGGAUUUAUUGAAGUAAUAUACUUAGAAGAUAUUUCCUUUAUUCUGAUUAAAAUAGGAUUCAGAAUAUGAAUUUAAAGUUGUUUUUAUGAAUAUUUCUGAUCAGUGGUAAUCUCCCUGUUUUCUCAAAUAAGCCAGUUCAAGUUUGUCAGAUUCUAUAAUCUUACUGAAAAUCUGUUUUAUCACAGUGUGCUUUAUUGAGUGUGUAUUUUACAAACAUCAAAACAUUAACCACAAAAUAUAAUAGGAGUACUUAUGUUCAUCAUUAAUUUAUAUCUCAAGUCCAUUUCUCUUUUUUUUUCAACUACAAAUGAAUAUAGAGACUUGAAAAAUACUGAGAUACUUUCCUUCAAAAAUAGGAAGGCUUCUGUCUUGUAGAAGUCCCCAAAGGUAGCAUUGUUAAGUAGCAAAUAAUUAAAAACAACAGUACCUUUUGGUGUGUGGAUAGAGAUGUUUUAAAAUCUAUUUCCUUGGGUUCAUACACGCUGAGAGAAAAUUGUUUUUUAAAAACAAAUGUGCAUUAAAAUGAUGGCAAUACUAACAGUUUGAUAAGGUAUAGGGCUUUUAAAUUCUUACAUUCUCUAUUCUCCUAACAAUAAUGGGUAAAUGGUCACAUUUUCCGGCAAGAGAUUGGCAUUUGUUAAUAUUUUAUAUUCAGUACUAACAUGGCCCAGUAUCACAGUCAUGAAUUGGUCUUCAUUGGUGUAAGCAUUCAUGUCUUUUUUCAGUUUGUAAUAUUAAAUUGUGGCUAUUUUAUUUCAAACUAAAAUUUGAACACUGGAAAAUCAUUGCUCAGUGAUUUGUAAUUUGGGACUUGGAUUAUUUAUCUAGGGAUGUUUGUAUAUUUUGUCAGUGAGUAAUAUUGCGCUGCCAUCAUAAUGAGCGUCAUGGUUCUCUAUAAAUGCCCUCCAUCUGUCCCUCUAAUGUUGCAUGUUUUCAGUGGUUUGGAAGUUUUGUAUAUUUAUUGUAUUAACACAGAGUGUCAUAAAAUAAAAUGCUGUUUACUGGAUGUUAGUUUGUCUAAUUUUAAAUACGAUAUUAGCAUUUCAGAGGUAGAGAUUAUGCUGUGGGCUUACUGUAUAUAGAAAUGUCACAUUGAUUUUUAAAGAAUCUUUGUAUAAUUCUAUCAUGUGCUGAACAAAAUAAAUAAUAUAUAAAAGGCUUCAUUAAAAACAGAGCAACAUGAAAUGACAAUUUUUCUGUUGGAUUAGACUUUUUAGGUGAUACAACACGAGCUUCACUCAUAUUUUGAUCACUUUAAGGUCAAAAUACACAUACCAUCUAGAAGUUAGUGAGAUUCAAAAUGGAAAACCUGUUUUGUGGCUCAGGUUUUUCCUGUGCGUUAAAAUGGAUGCCUCUGUACUAGUAUUGUAUUGAUUAGCUUAAACUUGUGUUCUGUUUCUUAACCUGUUGCUAUUUUAUGUACUGAUGAAGGUACCUAUUUGUGUAUUAUUGGAUUUUCACUUGGGUUAUCUAAAGAGGAUGUAAAAAUCUAAAAUGUUCUUGGUGAAUCUUAUUUUGAGCAAUAAGUGUUAAAAUAGGAACAGCAUUUUUAAUUUUCUGGGUGUUAUCUAAAUGAGUUUGGAUUUUCAUUGGAUAUAUCUUCUAUAAAUCGUG